ACUUAAAUCAGCAAAACCUCUUCACAACACAAAGCGCAAAUACUACAUUUUUUAUUCAUUCAAUCAAUUCGUUAAUCUAGAGAGAGAAACAUUCAAAACAAAAUAAAGAAGAAAUCUAGAAACAAACAAUUCUCUUUCUCUCUCUAAAUCCACCACUUUCAACGUCGCAUUCUCUCUCUCUCUCUCUAUACGUGUGGUGUAUUCAAUCUCUGCUUUGUUCUCUCUGUGCGCGUGCGUGAUUUCAAAUCUCGUCUUUCGAGCAUUUGGAUGCAAGAGUGAGGGGUUUGUUUCGACACUGGUUAGAUCGGCGAUGGAGGAAGUUUUCAAUGACCUAGGAGGAGUGGCCACUCCGCCGCUGCUUUCGGUGUCAGGAUCGUUCAGGGAAGCGAGAGUCUCGUCGAGGACGCGCGGCUCCGCUAGACAGCCUAGUAUGGACGCCGACGAGUUCAUGAACUUGUUGCACGGUUCGGAUCCGGUGAAGGUGGAGCUUAAUCGUCUUGAGAAUGAAGUUCGAGUUAAGGAUAGGGAAUUGUCAGAAGCACGAGCUGAGAUCAAAGCUUUGAGGCAUUCUGAACGGCUCAGAGAAAAAGCCGUUGAAGAGCUGUCUGAAGAAUUGUCGAAGGUUGAUGGGAAGCUAAAGUUAACCGAGUCUCUACUAGAAAGCAAAAAUCUUGAAAUAAAGAAAAUCAACGAUGAAAAGAAGGCAUCAAUGGCAGCUCAGUUUGCAGCCGAAGCUACUCUUCGAAGGGUCCAUGCUGCUCAGAAGGAUGAUGACAUGCCUCCAAUAGAAGCAAUUCUUGCUCCUUUGGAGGCUGAACUAAAGCUUGCUAGACAAGAGAUUGCUAAACUACAAGAUGACAACAAAGCUUUAGACCGUCUUACUAAAUCCAAAGAAGCAGCACUGCUUGAAGCUGAAAAGACUGUUCAGGUUGCCAUGAUUAAGGCCUCCAUGGUGGAUGAUCUCCAAAACAAAAAUCAAGAGCUGAUGAAACAGAUUGAGAUUUGCCAGGAAGAAAACAAAAUUUUGGACAAAAUGCAUAGACAAAAGGUGGCAGAGGUUGAAAAGCUCACCCAAACUGUGAGGGAGCUAGAAGAGACAGUCCUUGCAGGUGGUGCAGCAGCAAAUGCAGUGAGAGAUUAUCAACGGAAAGUUCAAGAAAUGAAUGAAGAAAGAAAAACUCUUGAUAGGGAGUUGGCCCGUGUCAAGGUAACAGCAAACAGAGUAGCUGUUGUGGUUGCAAAUGAAUGGAAAGAUGCUAAUGAUAAAGUGAUGCCUGUCAAACAAUGGCUUGACGAACGACGACUCAUGCACGGGGAAAUGCAGCAACUUCGUGAUAAACUUGCUAUAGUUGAGCGCACUGCAAAGUCUGAAGCACAGUUGAAAGAAAAAUAUCAAUUACGGCUUAAAGUGCUAGAGGAGAGUUUGCGGGGCAAUUCUAAUGGCAGUAAUCGCAGCACCUCAGAGGGAAGAAGUAUGAACAAUGGCUCUUCUCGUCGCCUAUCUCUAGGUGGAGCUGAUAAUAUCUCUAAACUAACCUCUAAUGGGUUUUUGCCUAAGAGAACACCAUCCUCUCAACUGAAGUCAUCCCUAUCAUCUUGCACAGUAUUGAGACAUGCGAAAGGAACAUCUAAAUCUUUUGAUGGUGGCACAAGGACACUGGAAAGGAGUAAAACACUGCUGAGUGGAGCUCCUCAAAGUUACUCGUUCAACCAAUCUCUUGAUGAAACCAAAGAGAGAGAGGGGGGUGAUAAUUGGAAAGGAAAUUCUGGUGAUAAGUCAAAUGAUUUGCUGCCGGUGGAUACAGAGGGUAGUAUUCCAAGUGUUUUAUAUGAUGUCUUGCAGAAAGAGGUCAUUGCCUUGAGGAAAGCUGGUCAGGAGAAAGAUCAAAGCCUAAAAGACAAAGAUGAUGCCAUUGAGAUGUUAGCAAAGAAAGUAGAUACAUUGACCAAAGCCAUGGAAGUUGAGGCAAAGAAGAUGAGAAGGGAAGUAGCUGCCAUGGAAAAGGAGGUAGCUGCUAUGCGCGUUGAUAAAGAACAAGAGAACAGAGCAAAGAGGUUCAGUAAUAUAAAGGGCCCUGUAAACAGUGCUCAGAGUCAGCUAAUUUCUGGAAGAAAUGUGACGACACGAGGAGGAUUAACGCGCAGCACACAAUAACAAUGAGUUUAUUAUGGCGGCUCAUGGGAGAAUUAAGUAAACUUUCACAGGCAUCAUUCUUCUGCCCUUCUCCAUUUUUAUCCUUUUGUUUUUCAAGUCCCCAAUUGAUUACAAGAUGUAGCAUGCCGACAACCAGUUUCUGAUGUUGCCCAUGGAUUGGGGAUAAGAAAACAAUUUCAGCUGAGUAAAAAAAACAGAAAAAAAUUCAGGAAUUGAUAUGCAUCUGACCUAGACUGUUGUAUCCUCUGCUGCUUAGAGAUAUUGGCUAAGAAGGCAGACAAUUAACCGGGGUUAACCUUUCAGCUUUUAUUUUGAGUGGUUGUGUUUGUAUAGGUAGCUUUCUCCCUUAACUCCUUUUUGCAGUUUAUAUUUGCAAUACGCAGAUUGUGUUAUUGCGUUGGUUCAGGUUUCUUAUUAUAUUUGUAAUUAGAUCAAGAUCUAAGCGCAUUUGGUUGUGUUAUAACUUAUAAGCUCUUAAUUUCAAGUUGGUCGUAAAUCUAUAUUUGAGUAUAGCAGGAAACCGCUUAUUGAGAACCUGUAAUAUAAAUUAUCACCAAAAAGUAGAAGUUAACCUCAAGUUCAGUUUGUAAA